AUGGAUGAUCUUCUUCGGCGAAGCACCUACCUGUGUGUUCUUCGUUAUAUGGUUGAGUGCGGGAUCGCGUACUUUAUCGAGAGCGUCAAUCGUGACUUUCUUGCGGUUGGGACUGCUGGCGAUGGUGUUCUUCGCCGCUGCCGUAAUAGUUUCUUGGACAAGAAUAAUAAUAAUGGUGAAAAGCCUGCUUCUUUUGCAAAGACUCUAACACAAUCCGAUGCCAACAAUGGCGGCGGUUUCUCUGUGCCUCGUUACUGUGCCGUAACCAUUUUUCCAAGGCUUGAUUACUCCACAGAGCCUCCGAUUCAGACCAUAAUCGCAAAAGACGUGUAUGGGCAGUGUUGGAAGUUCAGACACAUUUAUAAAGGCACGCCAAGGAGGUACCUUUUGACUACUGGUUGGAGCAAUUUCGUUAACCACAAGAAGCUUAUUGCCGGUGACUCCAUUGUUUUCCUCUGA